CGGCAACCGUCACCCGCGGCGCUGGCGAAAUCCCAUUGGUCCGACCUCGCAUCCCUCCGCGUCCGAUUGGUCCGUCACCGUUCCCCGGGCCGCGACCCGCGGGGCCCCUCGAGCGCGCGCGAGGCGCACGAGCACCCCCGCAUUGCUGUUGAGUUCAAAGCAGCAGCCAGCAGCAGAAGCAGAAGAGAGAGAAAGAAGAGAGAGAGUCCACCUUCUCUCCGAUCUCUGCACAUUCCUCUCCUCGAAAGCGCAUUCGCUCGGGCGGAUUGGAGCCUCGCGGGAGCGGAAUUCGAAGUCGCCGGCUCGAGGGAAGCUCCGGAUUCCGGCGGGUCGGGGCGCCGCGAUCUGGCCGGUGUGUGAAUUCGCCGCCGCCGGCGGGGGGAACAAUCCCGAGAGGCAUGCGCGUUCUGAUACAUCUGGCGAGAUCGUGAGAUUUUAGGUGCAGAUCAAUGAAGAACGGGAUUUUAGAAUGCAGUGUUUGCCACUCGAAGCUUUUGUCACCGAGCGCCAAAACUGUAUCGAGGGCCUAUGACCGGCACAGAAGCAGAGUAUCAUCCAAGCAGCGUGCCCUCAACACCCUCUUGGUGGUCGGUGAUUGUAUCUUAGUUGGUUUUCAGCCUGUUUUGGUAUAUAUGUGCAAGGUGGAUGGAAAGUUCAAAUUUAGCCCAAUCAGCGUUAAUUUUCUGACUGAGCUUGCAAAGGUCACUUUUGCAAUUGUGAUGCUUUUGCUCGAGGCAAGGCAUCAAAAAGUUGGAGAGAAGCCAUUGUUAUCAAUAUCGACUUUUGUGCAGGCAGCACGCAACAAUGUGCUUCUUGCUGUUCCAGCCCUUCUCUAUGCCAUCAAUAACUAUUUGAAGUUCAUCAUGCAGCUAUACUUUAAUCCUGCAACGGUGAAAAUGCUAAGCAACUUGAAGGUUCUGGUUAUUGCAGUUUUGUUGAAAAUAAUAAUGAAGCGUAGAUUCUCCAUCAUUCAGUGGGAAGCUCUAGCUCUCUUGCUCAUUGGGAUUAGUAUUAAUCAGCUACGCUCGCUACCCGAAGGACCUGCUUUGGGUCUUCCUGUUGGAAUGGGUGCAUACAUCUAUACAUUUAUUUUUAUCACAGUUCCUUCUCUCGCCUCUGUAUAUAAUGAAUAUGCUCUGAAGAGUCAAUAUGAGACAAGUAUAUACCUUCAGAAUUUAUUUUUAUAUGGAUAUGGUGCUAUAUUUAACUUUCUGGGAAUUCUUGGAACUGUCAUUUUUCAAGGUCCUGGCAGCUUUCACAUCCUGGAAGGACAUUCAAAAGCUACCGUGUUUCUGAUCUUUAAUAAUGCAGCCCAAGGAAUUUUAUCUUCCUUUUUUUUCAAAUACGCAGAUACAAUUUUGAAGAAGUACUCAUCAACCGUUGCCACAAUCUUCACCGGCAUAGCUUCAGCCGCACUCUUUGGUCAUACUUUAACUGCCAACUUCGUCUUAGGAAUUUCCGUUGUGUUUAUAUCAAUGCAUCAGUUCUUUUCACCCCUUUCAAAGGUCAAAGAUCCACCACAAAAUGGGACUCUGGAAUUGGUUGAUCAUCAGGACAGCCACAGAUCUAAGGAGUCUUUUAUAAAUAUGGCAGCAGGAGCAAAUGAAGAGGCUAGUCAUCUAGUAGGAUCUGAUGAGAAACAGCCUCUGCUACCCAGAUAGGUUAAAUCAGGAACUUUAAAGGCAUUGUCCAGGAAGAAAAUGGUACAGAGAUGGCCAUUUAUCAGAUUAGAUAUGGAAUAUUGAGCGAUACGUGCUGCUCCUGUGGGAUCCCCGAGUGUCACUGAGUCUGAUUAGUUCCAAUAUUGAAGCUUUUUUGUUCGGGAGAGCUCAAAGCAUUCUUCUUAUGGAUAGAAGAUACCAGUGCAUAAGGCGCCACUCCAGUUUUUGACAUUCUUCGAUUUCUGUUGCAGACAAUGUAAAGCCAAUCAUUCUUAAAUGUAUUCUUUAAGACAAUGUGAGAAAUGUUCUUGCUUCUACUUUUCAUAGGUUUCUCACAAUAUGUAUUCUUUCUAUUUCUUUUUUCUUUUUUCAUUGGUUGUGAAAACAGAAGUUCUCAUUUCAAUUUCAUUCUUCCAAAGGAAUAGAAAUCAAAUUCUUUUAUAGUC